UCGUUUCACUGUGUACAGAAAAUGUUCUACGCCUGCAGAGGUAGUUGACAAACAGGUCAAUGGUUUGGUUUGGUGGGUGAGUCCAUUAAAGUUCACACUCAGGCAGGGUUUUGGAGACGAUGUAGCAUUAGUGUACACUGCCUUAGGAUUAAAAAGUAUUAUUAUUGAUGUUCAAGAACGCAGAGAUAAGUGUGCGUUCUUUGCUGUGAUGAUUUGCAUAUACCUCUAAACUCAAGAUGCAAGAUGACUUUAGAAAUAUGAUUAAAAGUGUAUAUUAAGUUUGUAAAUUAAACAUUGCUAUGUUCCCAUUGAUAAACCUCAUGACUGCGAAUCCAAACAACCAUCAACAGCUGAUAUGGAUAGUUAAAGACAUUUUAAUAAGCCACACAAUCGGGUCAAAGUUAGGACAUCAAUCAUCAGCCGUAUUUGGUCCAAUACGCAAGAACAGAGUCGACUUCCUCAAAACAUCAGAACCCAAAUAUCUCCCUCAGCCUCGCUGCGCAUUUCACGUCAUCGCCCGACCCCCUCCCACCGCAAGUCCUCCUCUUGGCUACUUAAGCCCCCCGUUGACUGAUCGGCGGCGUUCCCCCGCCACGAUGAGGCCCGCACUCGCUGCCCUCGCGUGUUUCCUCGGCUUCGUGCGCCUGUCGGACUGCGCGCCGCCGACCUGCUACUCCAGAGCGCUCGGCCUGAGCACGGAGAUCAUGUCUCUGCUGGACAAAAUACACACGUACCAUCGCACGAAGCCUUGUGCUGAUAUUCUACCCACGAUCUUCCUUGAUGUGCAUAACUCGUGCGUCACAACCAAACUGCGUGACUUUCUCUACGUGGUCCUGAACCAUCCCAGCCAGCACUGCAGGGAGCGCCCCAGGAUGGUGCUGCUGAAGCGUAAAAUGCAGAACCUGUACACCAUCAUCAACAGAGUCUGUUAUCGGGACCUGGUGUUUUUCACGGAUGACUGCGAGGCGAUCGACACCGGACACGCGAGGCCCCACCACGCCGAAGACAGGCUUCAGCUCCUGCAGGAGGAGCGAUGAGCAGCAACGCAGCGCGGACGAAGGGGCCGAGGUCGCCCUGUUACAUUCAACGUCUCGGUGAUUUGUAGAAUGGAAACGCAUGUACACGACACCGCCCGCCACGCCCCCCCCCCGCAUUACACGCAUCACAAACGAUACCCAGAGCGCGCCGCUUCCACCUAGUUGGUUCUUUGUCAGCUGCAGACCCGUGUUGGUGGACACGUGUGGCCUGCAUUCCAGCCAGGGGUGCACAACUUUCCACAGGAAAUUUGCUGAAUGCCAACCGUGCCGAGGGAAAACCUUGGAAUAAUAAAGCAAAAAGAGAUGCUUGUGAGCUGGGCUUAACCGAUGCUGACUCACCAGGGCUGGUUAAAGGUUGCCACAUACUGUAUGUCGCAUUGAUGUAACUCUCGCUCUUACCUAUAUGCACUUUGAAAACAUCUGAAGAGCUGAACACAGUAGUUGGAAAUGUUUGGUCGCGUGUGCCCUUUCAGAUUUGUCCCACUUAGAAAGUUUCUUUUUCUUGCUUUUGUUUAAUACAUAGAGUUCCCACAGUGCUAGUGUGGCCGGAAGCUGAACAAUAAUGAGAAUUUUUGUUUGGCUCUCAAGACAACUGCGUGUAAAACAGCAAAUCUCACGGAUUAAGACGUUUUUAAAUGCAUGCCGGUUUUCAUCUACGCACAUUAUGUCUCACAUGUAUGUAAUAAAAAAUAUCUGUGUGCAUAAGCUCUUGCUUUUGUUUUACUCUCUUAAAUAAGUUCCUCAAUGUCUGCCAGUGGAUUCUGGGAAACACGGACUGUGUCCAGUCUGUGAAUGAGCAUGAGGCCCUUUUUUUUCUUUUCCUUUAUUUCCAUGUGGGAGGGCGUUUGUCUUCUGACUGAUGCUCUGUUUUCCACUCGGCCUGUGACAAUUACUGAUGGAUUUCAUCAUUAUUGAGACAACAUUAGGUUUUGUCCCCAUUGGAUGAAUAUAGAAUGCAUUUCAAGUAAGCAAUGUUGAGGUCAAAGCACUAAAGUGCUUUCCCUCUGCAAAGCAAACUACACUGGUCGUUGUGUUUUCAAAAUGUCAUUAAACUGAAAGUGAAGUAUAAAAAACACACACUCUUCA